AUUCCUCCUCCUCCUCCUCCUCCCUUCCAUCCCCUGGCACUUGUGGGGAGGCAGGCACCGUGGAGGCUCCCUAGGCAUCUCCUCUCCCUCCUCCCGGGGGUCCCUGGGCGUCCAAGCACAGAGGGUCUCCUCACCUAAGGUCCCGCCUUGGGGGACCCCAGCGGCCAGAGCCAGGAUGGACUUCCAGACCAAGGUCAGCACCAGGAGCAGCACCCCUGCCCCGGCUGCCUCCCCCGGGACCUCCGCCUUCGACCUCCAGUUCCUGCGGUCCAUCUUUGGGGCCCUCAUGGUGGUGGAAAUCGUGCUGGGCUGCCUGGUGUGGGCCUUGAUCGCGGACACCUACUACCAGCCCUACCCUUCCUACGGCUGGGUGAUGUUCGUGGCCAUCUUCUUCUGGCUGGUGACCGUCAUCAUCUUCGGCAUGUAUCUCCUGAAGCUCCAGGCCAAGCUCUACAUGAUCCCCUGGCCACUCGUGCUUGUCGUCUUCAACGUCUCGGCGGCCGUCCUGUACGCCACGGCCUUCUUCACGAGCGCGGCCUCCGUGGAGCCCUUCUCCUGGCCGCACUCGCCCGACUACAACAGAAGAGCCUCGGCAUCGUUCUUUGCCAGCCUGGUGAUGAUCAGCUACGCCGUGAGCGCCUGCCUCAGCAUCCGCGCAUGGAAAGGAUACGGGAGCGGCGCGGCUGGCGGCCAAACGCCGGUGCCCAAUCACGCCUGAAAACUGUGGGUCCUUUUGCAUCAACGUGGCUCAGUGGCAUGUGGCCGUGGCCUUUGGGUGCUUUGCCCUUCCUCGCUCCUCCUCCUCCUCCGUCCCGGCUUUCGCCCUGCUGCGCACUACGCGUGCUGUUCUAACCA